UACUAGAGCUGGAAAUCUGUAGCAGGGCUGCGGCAGGUGUCUUUUAUUCAGCAGAUGUACUGUAAACGCAUUACAGCAGAUUAGCUGGAUUUCUUCCUUUAAAUGUACACUGCGAUAUGCAACUUGCAAGCCAGCUGUUUCUUAUCGGCCCGUUUAAUCUUCCAGAGCCCGGCUUUGCCUCUCCUUCCUUUUACCAGCUAUUUCUGUAACGGAUCGGACGGGGGUGAGCGCCGCUAUGAAUGUUAAUGCUUCCACCGGGGAAUCCCUCCCGCCUCCUCUUUUUGGAUGAGAUCCUCGAGGAAAGACCCAGAACACAGCGAGGAGGAGGCGGCGGAGGAGGAGGAGGAGGAGGGACGGCGCAGCGGCGGUACCGGAGCGGGGGGCCGGCAGCCGGGGGUGUCACCGGGGACGGUGGGGAGGCCGAGGCGGGCCGAGGGGCGGGUGGGGAGCGCGGGGCCAUGAGGGAGGAAGGAUGACUCGGGGCCCAUUUCCCCGCCCGAGCCCGGCGCGGCAGCAGCGACGGCGGCGGCAGCCCGAGCGCCGCGGUCCCGCCGCCCGCGGACACAUGCGCCCACCGGCAUCCCCCGGGGCCGGCCGCGACGGGGAGAGCGCCGAGCCCAUCCCGCCGCCCCUGGGUCCGGGUGAGGGGCAGGGCCCGCAGGCCGGGCGCUAGAGCCCGCCUCGCCACCCGCACGCCGCGGCCGCCGAGGAGGAGGAGGAGGAGGAGGAGCGGCGGGCCCCGGGCCCCGUGAUAAGCACCGGCACCGCUCCCGCCGCCAGCCCCCCUCCAUGGAUAAGGCGGGCUCGCUGCACACCUCGGUGCCUACCCCGCCGCCCCGGCUCUACCUGCCGCGCAACUUCAGCUGCAGCGCUUGCCUCUAUGGCAGCCUGGCCGAGCAGUGCAAGGGGGGCUGCAGCCCCGACGGCGACGCCGCCCCCACGCCCGUGGUGCGGGAAGCGGCGGCGGGCGAGGAGAAGCCGCCGCCUCCGCCCCGCGGCCGGGAGCCCUCGCUGCCCGCCGUGCCCCCCAGCCCCACGCAGCGCCGCCGCGCCAAGUCGCUGCCCACGCCCGGGGACCGCAGCCUGCGCCCGGCGCUGCAGCAGAGCCCCUCUCGCCGCAAGACGGUGCGGUUCGCCGACUCCCUCGGCCUGGAGCUCACCUCCGUGCGCCACUUCUGCGAGGCCGACCUGCCGCAGGUGCCGCUGCCCGCCCCGCUGCCGCCGCAGCCGCGCUCCGCCGACCUCUUCAAGACCAGGAAGCCGCCGGUGCUGGGCGACCUGGAGCCGGUGCUGUUCGGGCCGCCGCCGCUGCUGCUGGAGCCGCUCUUCCCGCCGCAGCCCGGCGCCAGCCCCGGUUUCGCGGAGCGGGUGCGGCAGCACAAGGUGAGGCUGGAGUGGGUGCGGGCCGAGCCGGCGGGGCUGCGCGGCGCCGUCCGCGUCCUCAACCUGGCCUACGAGAAGGCCGUCUCGGUGCGCUACACGCUGAACCGCUGGGCCAGCUGCGCCGAGGUGCCCGCCGCCUACCAGCCGGCCGGCCCGGCGGACGGCCUCACCGACCGCUUCACCUUCGUCCUGCCCCUGCCCGUCGCCGCCCCCGCCGCCGAGGCCGCGCUGGAGUUCGCCGUCCGCUACCGCGUCGCCGGCGCCGAGUACUGGGACAACAACGAGGGCAAGAACUACCGGCUGCGGGGCGGGCAGCGCGUCCCGCCCGCCGCCGGCCCGCCGCAGGACCCCGACAGCACCGCCUGGAUCCACUUCAUCUGAGGCGGCGUGGGGGGGAGGGGGGCGCGGAGCGGGGGAGCCCCCGGGGCCGGCCCUGCCGCCGCUGAGGGCCGGGGCGGGCGGCGGGGCCCGGCGCGCCCCCUCCCCAGCCGCCCGGCCGCGCGGCGCUGGAAGGCCGUGUCCUGAGCUCUCUUCACACGGGAUAAGUUAUAGUUCAUAUUUCACAGGGGGCCGAGGGGAGGCCUCGCAGGCCGCCACGGGGGCGUCGGGCAGGGCAGGCCGCGGGCACGGCGUGCGGCCUCAGCCCACCGGUGGCUCCCACCGGAGCAGCUGCCCGGGCAGGCUCUGCAGCUGGGGAGAGAGGGGCUGCUUGCACAGUGUACUAGCCGGGAGCGGGACCCACGGGUGCAGAAGGCUGCCGGGUGGCGGAGGUCAGCAUCGUCUCGGCAGGGUCAGGCUCUGGAGGCACGCAGGGCAGUGUCGCAGGGCGGCCAGCCAGCCGUCCUACUUGCCUAAUCCUGCUUAAGCAAAGCCCGGCUCUGGCGAGGCGCUGGGCGCGUCCGUGGUCAGAGCCUCUCGCUGAGCCACUCCUGUUAACUGCCCUGCGGGGUUAAGGGCCAGCUUAUAGUUUUGAACCCCAAAAGACAAGAGUACGGGUGUCCCCAGGUGUAGCUGUGUUUCAUCGUGCUGUAAAAAUGAUGGAUCGGUUUAAAGCAAAGUUAUAUAUUCUUUUUAAAUUUUUAACUUUGUUGGACGUGCUUAAGCACAUUUAGAAAAGAGAAAUGGUGUCACAUACUAAUUGAAAUGCAAGCCACCAAGAGAUUUUUACAAAGCAAGCAUUUCGUUCUGAAAUUCACGUGGUAUGCUCUUGCAAAGGUUUGUCAGGAUCUUGAAACUGCUUGUGUUCAGGUCAGCAGGAAAGUCAUGGAAUUGCAGCACAGGAACUAGAGAUGGCAAGAGUUGAGUAAAUAAUUUUAGCCUGUAUCCCAAGCAACGCCUUCAGUGUUAUUUCUGUUAGCAGUUUAAUUGAAUUUCUUACGCAGGACCCUGCUUUCUGAAAAGCAAAAUGCUCCAAAUUUUUCAUAAUGAUUUCGGUAAGUGGCAGAAUUCACAAAGCUGGCUAAAUUUAGUCAGGCAAAUUGAAGAAAGUCACGUCUUGCCAUAUAAAAUAUAUCAACAGAAAUUACAGAGUGCGCUGACUUCUGCUUUCAAGGGCAUGCUUUAAAUUAUAUUAGCAGUAAACAUAGUAUUUUCCUUUUUUAACUUGCUUUUCUAGGAGUUCAGCUGAAUACAGGCUGUGCUGGUGCCAAAUCUGGGUGCUGAAUUUCCUGGAUUUAGGCAUGUAUGUGUUUGCAGGAGAGGGACUGCUAGAAAUACGACUUCUGAGAGUGGUAAAACCGAUGUAAGUGUGAUCUUCCAGUUGUGCAGGGCUGUAAGAUCAGGCUUUUAAUGCUUUGGGUCCUCUGUAGAUUGUUCAGGAAUAAAAUGUGGGGUUUCUUAAUUGCAUUUUUGUGUUCCUUGAAAGGGUUAAGUGUCCCAAACAGCAUGAGUAAUGUCAAGUUCUCGUAGAACGUUUUGACUUUGAUGGGAGUUGAGAGCACUUUUGUCUCCUGAGGGUCUGGUUCAGUCAGAAUAAUUAAACUUACAAAUUCCGGAGGAAGAGAAAAAAGGUCUGGAAACUUGAUGGGAAAGAGUAUUUAAUUUCAUUUCUCUAGAUCGCUGUUUCUGAUUUAAUAUAAAUACAACAAGACUACUUUCUCUAGUAUUGGUAGCUUGGUUUUAAUUUCCCAGUCAGUUUUCUAAUCCCUGUGUUUUUAAUAGAAACAGAAUAUAGAAGAAAUGUAUUGUCAAUAUCUACUGCAUAUUUCACAUUUUAGAAUAUUAAGACCCCAAUCUUGUAAUGAAGUAACCCCAUAUAUCGCUAGUACGCAUUUAUAAAGCUAGAAUUGCAGAACUAGCCUCUUAAAACGUUCAUGACUGAAGCAUAUUAAGUGGUGUAUUUGAUAAAGAAAGCCCAAGUGUCUUUUAGUUACACUUUUUUUUUUCUUUUUAAUAAGAGCCUUAAUACUGGAGAGAAGGAAAAGGACUUGUCUCCAUUUGAAAGCACUUUGAAUUCUGGUGGAAAUAUAGCCAAACCUCUUUUUAUUUAUGUGUUACAGCUUUCCAGAGCUUUUUUUGCUUGGCCUUUUUUACCCAAAUAGUGAAGCAAAGACUGUUAUGUCGAUUGUUGAAAACACUUGGAGAAAAAAAUAGUUUCUCUGCAUUUUAGAUUAACUGAUGCCGCAACUUUGCGUAUAAAGAUUUAGUAAGAUUUCCUGUUUACUGUUUUAAUGGCUUUAGAAAUGGUGCUAAAACCAUUUUUAACAGUGGAUAACUCUAAUUCUAGAACUUCAGAAUUAUUUUCCAGUGAAUGGCAGUUUUCAUCGUGGUUUGAUUUAUGCAGCAUCUGCAGGUCUCUAAUCAUUAAAAAAUCUCCUGAUAGCAACUGUGGCUUAAACUCUUUAAAUCUGGAACACCUAAAUGGAUGUACAUGCAUCAAGCACGCUGGCAAGGUAUUCCAUUACCCUUUUUUGAUCUUGACUUAGGGGAAAUUACUGUUGCUCUUGGUUGAAAUUCUGUGGGCAGAAUUAGGCUAUGGCUUUAUAACACUGUUCAGAUAUUACUGCUUUUUUUAUUUAUGGCCCCAUUUGUCAAACAAUAAAUCUGAAUGUUAAACCCUUUCAGGGUAUAGCAUGUCCAAAGGAUGUUUCACAAACCAGAGACUCCUGAGCCUUCAAGCAGUGAGGUUUAUCCUCAACAUUGUAACCUCAGGUUACAAUGACCCUGAGUAUUUUUUCCACUGGCAGCAUUUAUGUACAGUUUCCAAUCCUUUAGGUUUCAGUCCUAUGCUAUCUGUGUGUGGCUUGCUAGAAGCAUUGUAAUAAAUUGAGGUGAAAUUAAAAAAUCCCAAAUAAUUACAUAAUAUUUACAGAAAUGAUGCCUUUGAGGAGAAAAACCUGUGUUGAAGAGGAUAAUUUUCAAGUUGGUGGGACAUCAAUCAUUUUGAUGGGAACAGGAACAAACCAACUUUUAAAAAUCACGUUUCUAAAGAAUAGAGUUCCACAAAAUGAACUUUCACAGGCAAAGUAAAAUACUUGAAAAUUUGCAAGCCAACCUUUUUCUGGAAAAAAUGUCAGGUCUUUGUAUUUUUAUUUGCAUGAAUAGAACCCAUGCCACCUUCCUUUGAAGUGAUACUAGAAUGGUUUAAUCCUUAGGUCAUAUACUUCACUUUUAAGUGAAUUAUCCACUGCUUAUGUCUCUGCAGAUGUAAAAACGUGUCUGUCACUUAGCGUGCAAAGUUGUAGCUUUAUGAAAUGUGCCACAUUACUUUACGUGCAAUAUAAUGAUACUUUAUACAGUGAGUCAAAUUGCACUCUACGUCUGAUACACAUUGAUGUUUGCUGCUUCACAGUUGAACUGAUAGGGGUUUUGCAUGUCAUUCUAUGCCUUUCGUGGCAAUAUAUUUUAAAUCUUCCCUAAUUAUUAGAAGUCCUACCAGGAAUCAGAACAAUUGAGUGACUGUAAACAGGAUUUCAGCUGGCUAAGCAUAUUACUAUUUAUUAGCAUAAAAUCAGUAACUGAAACUGUCUUACUUAUUUUCAAUAAAUGUACAUUAUUUCAGGUAAAUUAAUUCAUUUUUUCCUUUUACCGUUUGCAAGUAGCUUCCUGAUGUGAAUGUGUGUGCCUCGGUGUCUCAGAAAACAACAGAAUAAGUGCACACUCUGUUGUUUCAGCGUGUGUGAGGGGAAAAUGUAUCGCUAGAAUGAACAAAUGUCCGGUCAUGCACAAGCAUGAUCUCUUUACAGAUACAUGAAACGUUUUUCCAUAGCGCCAACAGGCAAACAUCUGCUAAUUCUGUAUUUUAUUGUAAAGUAAUCUACAGGAAUACUCAGAACCUGCUUUUUAACAUAUUAUUAAAUAUAUGUUGAAAUUUUUAUGUGCCUUUCAACAUUUCCUAGGAAGAAAUCUCAUGUGUUCCUUAGCUCUCUCACCAAAAGUCCAAUAAUGGCUUUGUCAUUAAAAUGAAAUUUAUACUAAAAAUUAAUAAUAAAUUCUAAUUCCUGAUCCAUUUUCAGCUGUGCCAGAAAUCCUCUAUCUGUAGCAGCCAGAAGAAUUUGGUAAUAUUUUCCCGUAUUAUAGUGAAAGAAAUUACAGUCAAAAAAUACGUCUUCCUGGUACACUUCUGCAAUUAUGUAGUUAAGUAACAAAACUAACUGUGACUAGAGUUAAUAAAACAGAAUAUAUUUAUAGUAUAUAUUCACCUCUUACACAGAUAUUCUCAUAUAUAUUCUAUCCGAAAUCAGAAGUUCUAGUUUUUUAUGAAAUCUAUUUGUGGAGACAUGGUCUUUUCAGCUUUUACUGUUAUUUAUCUGAUGCUGCAUAAUGCAUAUUGUUAAAAUUUUUUGAUUAAUUUAAUCUGUCUCCAGUUUGUAUCAUGAGAUAAAAGUGUUCACUGUAAGGAAUACCUGAAGAAAAUGGCUUUCACCUUCCAAUUAUACUGCAUGGCUUUUUGGCAAAUCAUCAGUAAUUCUGUUUCCUGUACGCACGUCAUGUGUAUGUGGUCUGAAUAUAUGAAAGGAUAUCUUUUAGCACUGAAAUUAAGGUUUUUCAAACAUAAAUAGUUCAAUGUAGGAAGUAAAUACAGAUAUUUUUGCUGUAAAAUAAAAAAAAAAAUUAGCCUUAUGUAUAACUGAUUGGUAUGUCUUUCAAAUGGAAGAUGGUGACGUUUUUCAAAAUGAAAUGUGUUCAGGGAAACGUACCCACUUCAAUAGGAAGGUUUUCUCAGGCUCAGCUUAUGUGAGAGAAUAGCCCUAGAGGAGUCCUUUCUUAAAUCGGUGCAUGGACUUGAAUGUAGGUCUUCCAUGAUCGAAUCUGAGCUAUGAAACCAUUGGCUAUUGCUUGGACUAUUUCUUCAUCCAACUUGUAAAUAUGACUUUUAAAUUAUUUUACGGAGAGGAUUUUUGACACUGGGUUUUCCCAUCUCUUAUGAAUAACCUCUUCAUUCAGCUAUCCUGGCUUUUGUUUGAACUUUCUGUUCUUGAGAAAGGUCGGAUUAUAUUUUUAUGCAACAUAGAAAGAUUAUUUUACAUUACAUUUUGAGGGGGAGGCAGGAAAACUGUUUUCCUUUCAAUUUUAGUUUUUUUAGUAUUAAACGAUAGCAUGCAGAGUAAAAAUGUGCUUGAAGUAACACGUGCACUAGUGAUUCCAAAGAACAUGGCUAUGAAAAAGUCAAAUGUGAGAUGCGCUUUUUAAAAAUUUAUGUGCUUUGAUGUAGUAAGGCAGGGAAAAAGUCCUUGUCUCCAGUGCAAGUGUAUUAAUACCAGGGAUUUCUUUCUAUGCAAUAUUAUGGUGCACCUGUUUUUUUUAAGGGAUUAACUUGAUUGGUAUAGUUGGUGUAUUGGUGUGUGGUGUAUAGAAUAUUCUGUUAAAAGUGUCAUUAAGGAAACUGUAUGUCUUAAAUAGCAUUAUAUCUUUAGGCUUUUUUUUGUCCGGUCUGACAUCACUAAGUCAUAAUCGUACUCCUUUGAUUAACAGUAACAUGACAAUAUUUCAUAAAAUUGUGGAAUGAAGUUUCAUGCAUUGUACUUUACUCUUUAUCACCUUCUAGGACAAAAAGUUGUGUUACUGUUGUGAGUUUUAAAAUUUUUGUAUCUCUGUAUCUUAAAAAUAAGCCAAAUUGUAUUAUACUUUUAAACUCAAAGAGCUAAUAUAUAUGUUUUUAAAGUUGAUCAGAAGUAGUAAAACUAAAAUUGGUUGGGAUUGCUCCUAAGUCCGGUUUCUAAGCUGUGCUAUCACAAACGCUUCUGUACAUCCUGUAACUGGCUUCAUGGAGGUGCGCCCUGACAUGAAGUUUAUGCGUUUUAGGGUUGAUAUAAAAUGAGCGUUGCCUGGGUGCGAAACCUGCCUACAUCCGGACAUGAAUCCGUGUUGUAAUGUAGGGAGAUUGACUGCUGUGACAGAAAUUACUGUUCUUGAAAUGGUUUAAAUAAACCUAACUCCUCCCUUAUAGCGUUACACAAAUUCUUUCUUUCUGUGAUGGAGAUGCUGUCUCUUGAAGACAGUGUUCUUCAAUGUGUAAGUUUUUAUUACUGUUUCUUUGCUUUACUUUGACUUUGUUUAAAAAGUUGUUUCUUAACUAUGUACUUAACUAGUAAAUUACUUCUGGUCAUAGUUUCUGCUGCAAUGUUUAUAUUUCACCAAGUAGUGUUUAUUUCUAAUGUUUGUAAAAGUAAUGUAAUAUCACCAAAAGUUCAAAAUCAACUUUUUCUAAUAAUGCCUUGUAAUUUACCUAGCCUUACAGUAUUUCAGACAAUUUUCCACCGAAACCACAUCUAGUCAUUGGUUGUCACAAUUAUGAAAAAUAUAUAUUUAUAAGCCUGUAGCUUCUAGCUGUCAUUAAAGAUUAAUGAUACAAAUUGUGAGCACGUGAUGAAU